UCAAUUUUUUCUCUGCCGUUGAACAAUUUGCUAUACUGUGAUUAAGUAUAUUUUAGUAUUUGUGUAGUGACAUAUUUUGUGAAACUAUUUUCUAUAACACAAAUAAAGAAAUUUUUAAACAUGAGUUCUGCAUUGGCUCCAGAAAUUCAUCCGGGUGGAUUUUCUUUUGAUAAUUGUUACAGAAAUGAAAUGCUUAAACAGAAAGGUUAUGCUUUGCCAAAAGCUACAAAAACAGGCACUACGAUUGUGGGCAUAAUUUACAAGGAUGGCGUAAUAUUAGGUGCUGACACUAGAGCUACAGAGGAUACAAUUGUUGCUGAUAAAAAUUGUAGCAAAAUUCAUUACUUAGCUAAAAAUAUGUAUUGUUGUGGCGCUGGUACGGCAGCUGAUACUGAAAUGACAUCUGACAUGAUAUCAUCUCAAUUGGAAUUACAUCGCUUGAACACCGGCCGUGUUGUACCUGUUGUAACUGCUAAUACUUUAUUGAAGCAAAUGUUGUUCCGUUAUAUGGGUAACAUUUCAGCUGCUCUUGUUUUGGGAGGUGUUGAUCCAACAGGGCCUCAUCUUUAUUGUAUAUAUCCACAUGGUUCUACAGAUAAAUUGCCUUAUUGCACUAUGGGCUCGGGUUCAUUAGCAGCUAUGUCUGUUUUUGAGUCUCGCUGGAGACCGGAUAUGGAUGAAGAAGAAGGGAAAAAACUGGCUCGUGAUGCUAUUGCUGCCGGUAUUUUUAAUGAUCUUGGUUCAGGAAGCAAUGUAGAUUUAUGUGUUAUCAGACAGAAUGGUGUAGAUUAUCUUAGAACUUAUGAGGAAGCCAAUGCAAAAGGUCAACGUCAUGCAAGCUACAAAUACGCUCGUGGUACAACUGCUGUUCUUAAAACAUCAGUUUCAUUAUUAGAAGUAGAAGAAACCGUGCAACAUUUAGUAGAUCAAGAUAUGGAAGUCUCUUCUUGAAUAUGCUGAUUUUUUAAAAUGUGGAAUAUAUGCUUGAU